UUCACUUGAAGUUUGAUCCAAGAAAAUGGGUAGAAACUUCAAAAAUGCAUUCAUUGCAUUUCUUGCUCCUCUUCCAUCAAUCUUCUUCUACACCACCUUUCUCAACAACCACCACCAUAACCACCACCCAAUAUGGUCAUGGUGCCACCACCACCCUCUCCUCUUAAUCAACCUCCUCUUCUUCUUCAACAUCAAUGUUCUCUUCUGGCUCAUCAGCCUCAUCCAAGCAACUGGAUGAUUGAUGUUUACUGGACAGUGAUCCCGGUGUUGCUGGUGCAUUAUUUUCAGUUGCAUCCUGGCUCGAUGUUUGACUUUUGGCGGUCUAGAGUUGUGGUUGCGUUGACUUGGGUUUGGGCUGUCAGGUUGACCCACAGCUACUUCCGCCGCGAGAAGUGGCAGUGGGGCGCCAGAGAAGACUGGCGCUUCACCGAUCUAGCACAACAGUACGGCAAAAACUGGUGGUGGAUCUCAUUCUUCGCAGUUUACCUAAUCCAACAAGUAUUUUUAAUCGGCGUAUGCCUGCCAAUGUACAUCGUGCACUCCAUCAGCAUCCCAUGGAACAUAUUAGACACAGCUGCAGUCGCAGUAUGCCUGACCGGCAUUACAAUAGCCUACAUCGCAGACACGCAGCUUCACAGUUUUGUGAGCCAAAACGAGAAGCUAAAACAACUUGGAAAGCCGUUGGUCCCGAAUCUUGAUGCAGGGUUGUGGUAUUACUCUAGGCACCCUAACUAUUUUGGUGAGCAGUUAUGGUGGUGGGGUCUGGCUAUAUUCGGUUGGAACCUUGGGUGCACUUGGGUCUUUGUUGGUCCAUUGGUUAACACCUUGUGUUUGGCUUAUGUGACCAUACUUGUUGAAAGAAAGAUGGUUAAGUUAGAGUAUAGGGCUGAACAAUAUAAGUUGUACCAAAAGAGAACCUCUGUGUGGGUGCCAUGGUUCAAAUCAUCUGUAAUUCAGGAGGCUAAGGAAAAGGGUUGUUGACUUUUAGUUGGUCAACAACACUGUUUUGAGCGAGAUGAGUGUUUGUUGAAUUAUAUAUAUAUUAUUCUGUAUCUAUCUGUUUUCUAGAUAUAAAUUAUGAGUUUGGUUUUGUUU